CGUCAGUGGUGCCCGGACGCCGGCUGCACCGCAGCCCGGGCUGUCCCCGGCGUCCUGCCGCCGCCCUUCCUCCCCCGCCUCCGCCUUCCUCUCCCUCCCCGAUUCCCCUCCCGCAACUCAAGGUUUACUCGGCUGGACGCUGUGUGUGUUUGGAUUUCUCAAGGAUUCUCCCCCGACUAACAUGGAUGUCCCACCAUUCCUUGCAGUUGAAGGUUGCUCCUUGGCGCAGUGAAUGAAGAACAUGCAGGGAUUGCUAAUGGGUUUGGGAAGCGUAGACUCUCUGCUCUCUCUGUGACCAUGCCGUGAUCGUGUCUGAGGGCCGACAGUUUGCGUAUCCUCAUUCUCACCCUACCGGGAAACCUGACGGCUUAGAAGGGGGAAGUAAGGCAGCGCGUGUGUGCAUAGAAACAUCAUGAAGAUUAUUUCCCGUAUUGUAACUAAUUCAGUCUUCAGAUGCACCAUUAGACUCCUUCUUUGCUUACUGUGGAUUGGAUAUUCUCAAGGAACCACACAUGUAUUAAGAUUUGGAGGCAUUUUUGAGUGUGUGGAAUCUGGUCCAAUGGGAGCAGAAGAAUUAGCCUUCAGAUUUGCUGUGAACACAAUCAACAGAAACAGAACUCUUCUGCCAAACACCACAUUGACGUACGACACACAAAAGAUAAAUCUUUAUGACAGUUUUGAAGCAUCCAAAAAAGCCUGUGAUCAGCUGUCCCUCGGGGUGGCGGCCAUCUUCGGCCCGUCCCACAGCUCCUCAGCCAACGCCGUGCAGUCCAUCUGCAACGCCUUGGGGGUUCCACACAUCCAGACCCGCUGGAAACAUCAGGUGUCAGACAACAAGGACUCCUUCUAUGUCAGCCUCUAUCCGGAUUUCUCUUCACUCAGCCGUGCCAUCCUUGACCUUGUGCAGUUCUUCAAGUGGAAAACAGUUACUGUUGUUUACGAUGACAGCACUGGUCUCAUUCGAUUACAAGAGCUCAUCAAGGCUCCAUCACGAUACAACCUAAGACUAAAAAUCCGUCAGUUACCGGCUGACACAAAAGAUGCAAAGCCAUUGCUAAAGGAGAUGAAAAGAGGCAAAGAAUUCCAUGUAAUCUUUGACUGCAGCCAUGAAAUGGCAGCAGGCAUCUUGAAACAGGCUUUAGCUAUGGGGAUGAUGACAGAAUACUAUCACUAUAUCUUUACCACACUGGACCUUUUUGCCUUGGAUGUGGAGCCCUAUCGGUACAGUGGUGUCAACAUGACUGGAUUCAGAAUUCUGAACACAGAGAACACCCAGGUGUCCUCUAUCAUUGAGAAGUGGUCCAUGGAGCGCUUGCAAGCACCACCGAAGCCCGACUCAGGUUUGCUGGACGGAUUUAUGACGACGGACGCGGCGCUGAUGUACGACGCCGUGCACGUGGUGUCGGUGGCGGUGCAGCAGUUCCCGCAGAUGACCGUCAGCUCGCUGCAGUGCAACCGCCACAAGCCGUGGCGCUUCGGGACGCGCUUCAUGAGCCUCAUCAAGGAGGCCCACUGGGAAGGCCUCACAGGCAGGAUAACUUUCAACAAAACGAAUGGCUUAAGGACAGAUUUUGAUUUGGAUGUCAUCAGCCUCAAGGAAGAAGGUCUUGAAAAGGUUGGAACUUGGGAUCCGUUGAGUGGCCUUAACAUGACAGAGAACCAGAAGGGAAAACCAGCAAACAUCACAGAUUCCUUGUCCAAUCGCUCUUUAAUUGUCACCACCAUCUUGGAAGAGCCAUAUGUGAUGUUCAAGAAGUCUGACAAACCCUUGUAUGGAAAUGAUCGCUUUGAAGGUUAUUGCAUUGACCUCCUCAGGGAGCUGUCCACUAUCCUUGGAUUUUCCUAUGAGAUCAGACUGGUGGAGGAUGGAAAGUACGGAGCCCAAGAGGAUGCCAGCGGACAGUGGAAUGGAAUGGUUCGUGAGCUAAUUGAUCAUAAAGCUGACCUUGCAGUUGCACCAUUGGCAAUUACCUAUGUUCGUGAGAAGGUCAUCGACUUUUCCAAGCCCUUUAUGACUCUUGGAAUAAGUAUUUUGUACCGCAAGCCCAAUGGUACAAACCCGGGCGUCUUCUCCUUCCUGAAUCCUCUCUCCCCUGAUAUCUGGAUGUAUAUUCUGCUGGCUUACUUGGGUGUCAGUUGUGUGCUCUUUGUCAUAGCCAGGUUUAGUCCCUAUGAGUGGUAUAACCCACAUCCUUGCAACCCUGAUUCAGACGUGGUGGAAAACAAUUUUACCUUGCUAAAUAGUUUCUGGUUUGGAGUUGGAGCUCUCAUGCAGCAAGGUUCUGAGCUCAUGCCCAAAGCCCUCUCCACCAGGAUAGUGGGAGGCAUUUGGUGGUUUUUCACACUUAUCAUCAUUUCCUCGUACACUGCUAACCUAGCCGCCUUUCUGACAGUGGAGCGGAUGGAGUCCCCCAUUGACUCUGCUGACGACUUGGCCAAGCAGACAAAGAUAGAGUAUGGGGCAGUGGAAGAUGGAGCAACCAUGACUUUUUUCAAGAAAUCCAAAAUCUCCACUUAUGACAAGAUGUGGGCCUUCAUGAGCAGCCGGAGGCAGUCAGUGCUUGUCAAAAGUAAUGAGGAAGGAAUCCAACGCGUGCUUACCUCUGAUUACGCAUUUCUAAUGGAGUCGACAACCAUUGAGUUUGUCACACAGAGGAACUGUAACCUGACACAGAUUGGAGGCCUGAUAGACUCCAAAGGUUACGGCGUGGGAACUCCCAUGGGUUCUCCAUAUAGAGACAAGAUCACUAUAGCAAUUCUUCAGCUGCAGGAAGAAGGCAAGCUGCACAUGAUGAAAGAGAAAUGGUGGAGAGGCAAUGGUUGCCCAGAAGAGGAAAGCAAAGAGGCCAGUGCUUUGGGAGUUCAAAACAUUGGAGGAAUCUUCAUCGUGCUGGCAGCAGGAUUGGUGCUUUCUGUCUUUGUGGCAGUUGGGGAGUUUUUGUAUAAAUCAAAAAAAAAUGCCCAGUUGGAAAAGUGGCCUCAUAUACAUGUUGAAAGGAGAGAUGACAGGAUGAAACCUUGUGGAAUCCUGCAUGAGAGAGAGCCCUCGGGGCUGAUGAGCAAUUGCCCUAUGACAUCCUCUGGGAUUUCUCUGAGAGGAAAGAGUGGAACCACACAAGUGCAAUCCCUUCUGCCCCAGCCUAGGUCCACAGAGGUCCUUCUGUAGUGCCAUGGUCGAGGAGCUAAGGAUGUCCCUGAAGUGUCAGCGCCGAUUGAAACACAAGCCACAGGCCCCUGUUAUUGUGAAAACAGAAGAAGUUAUCAACAUGCACACAUUUAACGACAGAAGGUUGCCAGGCAAAGAAACCAUGGCAUAGAGCUGGGAAGCCAAAUGCCCCAAGCACAAACUGUCGUCUUUUUUCCGAACAACCUUGCGAGAAUGUUUCCUGUGGAAAUAUGCAACAAGUGCAAAAUAAAAUGAGUUACCUCAUGCCGCUGUGUCUAUGAACUAGAGACUCUGUGAUCUCAGCAGUUGCAAUGGCCAGACUCGAAUCACAAGCAUCAUGGAUCAACCAAGUUAUGCAGGGUUACACUGUUUGUCAUGGGUUUCCAUCAUUCUGAAUGAAUGAAUGUUCCAUGUGAGUUUUGUGGCUGGUUUCAAAUGCAGUCUCAGUGAGAAGUUGCAGGUUCCUUUUGAAGUUCAACUCUUGCCAGAAAAGGGAGAAUAAAUGCCCAAGAUGACACAAACCACAGAAGGAGUCUAGUAAAAGUAAUGUCUCAGAACUGUAGUGGAACAAGAAACCAUAUGUUCUUCUGAACUUCCCAGCACAGAAAAGUUGGUAACUGCUGAUAGACUGAAACUACCAUCUGGACAAGGUGAUAUGAUCUUCCUGGAUCCAAGAAAUGUUAAAAGUGAAGAAACAUGAAUCCCAUGAAUAGAAGAAUAAAUAUAAGGAUGCUCACCUGUUUUUUUGGUUUUUUUGGGUUUUUUUGACUGUUUGUGACACUGAACUAAGUAAAUAAAUAAUAAUU